UCUGGGAAAUGGCAGUAACAAGGUUGUAAAAACACAUUUACAUUUCAGGAAGUCACAACUGUUUCCUAAUCUAUUGCGAACUGAACAAUCCCUCGCUUUGAAUUGGGAACUAGCAUGUAGCCACAGGCAGUCGUUUAACUAAAAAGGUAUAAGGAGCAUCGAAAGAACUGGUCCAACCAAGUUUUAAUUUUGGCUAUAGUAGAAAUUCCCUUUCUUCGAGGAAUGGCAGAAGCGAAAACUUUUAUUCAAAACGUCCUGGGCAUUGAUGGCCGAAAUGCAAGCACAAGCAGAAGCGAACUACCCAUGGUCAGCAGUUUUUUCUGUCCGCUUCUGCUGUUCUUCCUUUGGAUACUUUCCCUAAUCAUUUUGGGUUGCAUAUGCGUGUGCUGCAAGUUUGUGAAAUCGGAAUCUUUUACCAGCUACGACUCCGACAGCUUUGAGCUCCAGCAGGUUCAUAUCCUGGAGCCCACAAUUGGGCAUGUCAAAGGAUGUGCGUGUCUGGAGUGUCUGCAUCGCCAGUUGUCCACGGAGUUCCAGCAAAGAAAUGGAAAGUAAAUAAAUAAUUAAGGUUUAGUAGCUGCCGUACAUUACUUUUAUUCUAGCUUAUAACAACUUUAGGUUGUUUUGAUUCGUAUUCAGUUUUUGGCACUUAAGAUAAAAUAUAACUUUAACAUUCUUCGGGCCAUAA